AUGUCAACUAUUGAUCUGGGACCACUCGUGGACUUCACGCAUACUCGAUACGCACUUCACUUAUCCAAUGGCAAGCGUCUGGUUCUAUUUAAGUUGCCGCGCAUAGAUGGCUCAAGACUUUCACCGGCCGCAAACGAGACAGAAGACGGAUGGACGUACUAUGCUAUGGAAGCCGAAUGUCCCCAUGCUGGCGGCCCCAUGACUGAAGCUCACGUAGAUAUUGAGGAUUCUUCCUACGUGGCUUCAUGUCCGUGGCAUGCCUAUGACUUCAAUGUUGAAACCGGAGAGUCAAGUUAUGGCAUUAAGACAUGCACAUUCCCUAUCGUCAUUGCUGACGGUAAGGUCACUUUGCAAGUCCCCGGCCAAACCAAACUCCAUCUUUCUAGAAUGGAUCCUGUGAGUGAAAAGGUCAAGUUUAAGCAUACGCCCAGAACAGAUUCUACAAAAGGCGUGGUGUAUUUGGGGGAUGAUGCUACCCUAUGUGACUGGUGUGUCCAUAUCCUCAACACGCCAGAUCCAGAGCAGAAGAUCGAGCUUACCACGCGGUUGUUCUCUAUUUACGCAACAAAAGAAAAGUCUCCUAAUCCGAUGGAGCUUGGUGCGGGUAUCGAAGCACCUGAUAAGCCACGGCGAGAUGACUAUGGCAAGCUCAAUCCGGGAGCCAUGCCGAGGGCUGGAAAGGGCGGCACACUGAAAAGUCGUAUAAUGAUGUUGCACAACCUGGCAAAUAUUGAACAGUGGGCUAUUGACUUGGCAAUCGAUAUUUGUGUGAGAUUUGCCACGUUCCAGACCAAUUCGCCGGACAAGGCAUUGUCACGAGAGCUACCCCGAACGUUCUAUUAUGACUGGCUCAAAGUGGCCAACGAUGAGGCAAAACAUUUCAGCCUUUUGCGUUCCAGGCUGGAGGAACUGGGCACUCGAUUCGGCGCUUUACCUGUUCAUCACGGUCUUUGGGAAUCGGCAACCAUGACUGCACAUGACUUGAGAGCUCGCAUCAGUGUCAUCGCUCUAGUGCAUGAAGCUCGUGGCCUUGAUAUCAACCCUAUGACAAUAGACAAAUUCCGCAAGGCCGACGACGUGGAUACGGUUGAUACUUUGGAAAUCAUCCAUAAUGAUGAAAUUACGCACGUCACAACAGGCCACCGCUGGCUCAGCUGGAUAUGUGAACAGGAAGCCACAGACCCAGUAGAGGUGUUCCGAGACAAUGUCAAGAAGUAUUUCUGGGGAGCAGUAAGAGGGCCAUUCAAUGAUGAGGCGCGCUUACAAGCCGGAAUGGAUCCGAGAUAUUAUGAAGCCCUUGAUGGUGCCGACUGGAAGGGAGACAUCAUUGCGGGAGGCUGA